CAAGCGCACCAAGGUACCGGCUCACUGCUCUGGCAGGCGGCUAGAGCGGCUGGAGGUCGCUGCAGGCUGGUAGAAACUCUGGAACCGUGACAGCUCGCCCACGUGGCUGGCAGGCCUCCGGCCCACGAUUGGUCGAAAAGGAGGCGUGAAGGCGGGGCGACGGAGGUUCCCGGGCGGAGUUCCUAGUUGUAUCCCCGCAGGGCUUCCAGGGCGGGCUGCAUCUGCGGACUUUCGUCUCUGAGCGUUCUUCCUGGGACCAGUCCACAGUUUCUUGUGUGAGCAAGAUGGAUGCUGACCUGUCUGGCUUUGACAUUGAUGCCCCCAGUUGGGACCAGCACACUUUCCUGGGGCGGGUGAAGCACUUCUUCAACAUCACAGACCCACGCACUGUCCUGGUAUCAGAGCAGGAGCUGGACUGGGCCAAGGCGAUGGUGGAGAAGAGCAGGAUGGGGGUCAUGCCCCCAGGCACCCACGUGGAGCAGCUGCUGUAUGCCAAGAAGCUGUACGACUCGGCCUUCCACCCUGACACUGGGGAGAAGAUGAACGUCAUCGGGCGGAUGUCCUUCCAGGUUCCGGGUGGCAUGAUCAUCACAGGCUUCAUGCUCCAGUUCUACCGAACGAUGCCGGCGGUCAUCUUCUGGCAGUGGGUGAACCAGUCCUUCAAUGCCUUGGUCAACUACACCAACAGGAAUGCAGCCUCCCCGACGUCACUCAGGCAGAUGGCUCUUUCCUACAUCACAGCCACAUCCACCGCGGUGGCCACUGCUGUGGGCAUGAACAUGUUGACAAAGAAAGCUCCACCCCUGGUGGGCCGCUGGGUGCCCUUUGCUGCUGUGGCUGCUGCUAACUGUGUCAACAUCCCAAUGAUGCGACAGCAGGAACUCAUCCAGGGCAUCUGCGUGAAGGACAGGAAUCACAAUGAGAUUGGCCAUUCCCGGAGAGCUGCGGCCAUAGGCAUCACCCAAGUGGUUAUUUCUCGGAUCACCAUGGCGGCCCCUGGCAUGAUCUUAUUGCCGGUCAUCAUGGAAAGGCUGGAGAAACUGCGUUUCAUGCAGAAAGUCAAGGUCCUGCACGCGCCAUUGCAGGUUAUGCUGUGUGGGUGCUUCCUCAUCUUCAUGGUGCCAGUGGCAUGUGGACUCUUCCCACAGAAAUGUGAAUUGCCAGCUUCCUACCUGGAACCCCAGCUCCGAGACGCCAUCAAGGCCAACUAUGGAGAACUCGUGCCUUCCGUCUACUUCAAUAAGGGCCUCUAAAUGCCCCGCCCCAACAAGGACCAACCUCCACCCACAUUCACCAGCUCCUCCUUAGCUGCCAGGUCCCUCAUUCCUCUUUGCCAAGAGGCCCUGAGGCCAGGGUGGAUUUGAGGGCGGAGGUGCCAGAAUACCUCAUGCUUCUUUCUACUCAGACAUGUGGUUUACUGGCUCCAGGGGAUAAAAGUGAACAAGGGGAGAAAGACCAAAUCUUCUACCUGCGCCCCCUUAACUCCCACCCCCCGGAGACCAGGAAUUGAGUCCCCCUCAGGGAGGAGGGAGGAGUCGCUGGGACCUGAGGGAGACACUCAGCAAACUGAAUGGAAAAAUUAGGAAAACUUCGGGAUUCUGGUUCCAGCCAGGACUGGGGCAGAGCCCCUGGGACAAAGAGAAGCUCCUGUUCCUUUUCCCUGUUCCAUAUCACCUUCGCUCAAGCUAUGGACGCUCUACCUGUGUGGUUCCUGCUGUGCAGGAAGUGGGGGGCUGGUCUGUGUCACCUUGGGGUUCAUCUCCGCUCUUCCCCAUUCUCCUCAUUGCUCCAGUCAGAAAGGUCUCUGGGAGUGCUGCUAACCAUGAGCUUCUCAGGCACCUGGGAGUUCUCAGUGCUAAAAAAGGUCAUCGUGUGAGGCGGCGGAGUUCCAUGGUGCUUUGAGCCCUGUCUAUUGGCGCCGACUUUGUUCUCCUGCCCUAAAAUCAUGUCUGAUUUUCCUUCUGUGUUUCAAAGAUAAUUCCACUAACUGUGAGUAAAAAGGAUGUAUGUAAGCAUUAACCACACAUUGUAAUGGGUAUAAUUUCCUGGCUGCCUCCCUUCCUCGGCCCAUGAGGUUAAACACCAAAGAAAGACUGGUGUGUACUGACCAGCAAUGGGAAGUUUUAUUUGGAUGCCUGUAAGAGAAAAUGAGCCAAGACCAAAGAGCCUUAAAGGACACAGCAAAGCCCAGCCACUUGCCCUUCCCAACUUGGCUGCUGGAGGUGAUUUCUCAAGCUCCCUGGGGGACCACUGUGGCAUUCCUGGGGUCGAUGUCUGCAUGAAUUAUGUCUAGUAGAAUUUGCCGACUAUUCAAAGGAUACCUCUGUGAAUCGAAUAAAUUUCUUGAAAGAGUA